GCCGGUGCAAAAAGGCCACCCGCUCCGAAACCCACGUGGAAGGGGCGCUCAGGAUGCUGCGCCGGGAGGCUCGCCUGCGCCGCGAGUACCUGUACCGCAAGGCCCGCGAGGAAGCGCAGCGAACCGCCCAGGAGAAGAAGGAGCGGCUCCGGCGCGCGCUCGAAGAGAACCGCCUGAUUCCCACUGAGUUACGUCGUGAGGCUCUAGCGUUACAGGGGUCCUUGGAAUUUGAUGAUGCUGGUGGUGAAGGGGUAACCAGCCAUGCGGAUGAUGAAUAUCGAUGGGCAGGGGUUGAAGACCCCAAGAUCAUGAUCACCACCUCCCGAGAUCCCAGUUCCCGCCUCAAGAUGUUUGCAAAGGAACUGAAGCUGGUGUUCCCUGGUGCACAGCGCAUGAACCGAGGCCGGCAUGAGGUAGGCGCGCUAGUGCGAGCCUGCAAAGCCAAUGGAGUAACCGACUUGCUGGUGGUUCACGAGCACCGUGGCAUGCCAGUGGGCCUCAUUAUCAGCCACCUGCCGUUCGGCCCCACUGCAUACUUCACCCUUUGCAACGUCGUCAUGCGACAUGACAUCCCUGACCUGGGCACAAUGUCAGAAGCCAAGCCCCACCUCAUUAUGCACGGUUUCUCCUCCCGCCUGGGCAAAAGGGUGAGUCUGAAGGAAAGGGGGUGGGGGGAGGGGUGGGGAGGAGGCUUGGCCAAGCACUCAUCACUUCCCUUUUCUCUACUCCAGGUCUCUGACAUCCUGAAAUACCUGUUCCCUGUCCCCAAAGAUGACAGCCACAGGAUCAUCACUUUUGCAAACCAAGAUGACUACAUCUCAUUCCGACACCACACCUACAAGAAGGUGGACCACCACAAUGUGGAGCUGACUGAAGUUGGACCUCGCUUUGAGCUAAAGUUGUACAUGAUUCGCCUGGGCACGUUGGAACAGGAGGCUACCGCGGAUGUUGAGUGGCGCUGGCACCCAUACACCAAUACUGCACGCAAGAGGGUCUUCUUGAGUGCUGACUGAGCUCUGUUUACUGGUCAGAGACUUGGGCUUGCAGCACAGAAAAUGGGAUUGUUACAGGCCUGUGGACUUGUUGCUAUGGGUUCUUUUUUUUUUUAAUCGUUUUAUUGGGGGCUCGUACAGCUCUUAUCACAAUCCACACAUACAUCCCUUGUGAGCUAUGGGUUCUGCAGGAGGAAUCAAAAUAAAUAGUGCCUGCCACUUUA